AAAGUUCCAUAUUGCAACAACAAUCCCAAUGUAUUAUUAUAUGACAUUGUCAAUAAGUGACGAAGGUAACUUCCCUGCCCACUGCCUUUGCGAAUAACAAUCACGGGUUUCUUCUUAUUGAUUCGAAUUAUUGAAUGCUAUUUUCAUUAUUUACAUAAUUCUCAAAGAAAUACCGCUCGAUAUGAAUAGUACAAUUGUUGAUACUCUCAACGAUUCAUAUUUCAACUUUCAAGGAUGCUCAGAAAAAUUGUUUGUUUUACGCAGUCGAGCUUUACAAUAUACAAACAAUGGAACAGGGCUGACUUUAGAAAGUAAUAAUGGUCCUACUAAAAAGCAGGUUCUUCAUGCUCAAGCAUUCUCCUCACCUUCGUCCGUGACAUCAGUUGGUAAGAAUAAAAAACCUACUCGACAAGUAAAGAAUUCGACAACAGAUUCAACUAUGGUAAAAAAUGAAAAUAAUGGAGCUGACAGUGACAGUAAUGGGAACAAGCUUAUAAGACGACUUUUACCAAGCAACAACAAACAUGAUAUCGAUAAGAACAGCGAAAAAUACGCUCAUCAACGCCCAAUUCUUGUGAAUUUACCAGCACGAUCAAAUAGUUUAUCGGCUAUGAGUACUGUUACUUAUAACAAAAGCAAAGUAUCUCCAACGAUAACUUUGUCGUCAGAACGCCGUAUGUGUUGCAAUCUUUCUUUAUCAAAGUGCUUUAAUAUCAUUGUUGUUGUUCGAUAUAUGUGUUUACUAAUUUAUUCUUAUAUACAGUUGAGCAUAAGAUAUUGCCUAUGAGGUCAUCUUCUCUGCGAAUACAAACAGUUAAGUCUUUGACUAACGCAGAUACUGAUUUCUUAUCAAGUUUAAACAUCUCACAACAUGUAAGGCUUCAUCAACAACAAAAAGGCUACAAAAUCAUUAAUUCUAUACUCACAAAUUUUCUUUCAUUUGAAAUUUUAGGACCUUGGUCACAUAGAAACAGCUAAAAACUUAUCUGUUCAUGAAUUUUCAUUCCCUUGAACAGUUACAGCAUGUAGUAACUCGAUAGUAACAAUCCAAAAUCAUGUUUAAUCUAUUCGUUAUUUAUUUCUGUUUAAUUUCAAAGCAUUUGCAUUAAAUCGUUAACAAACCUGCUGUGCCUUAAUCUUUCCACCAAUAACACUCCAAAUU